CACCGAUCUCACCUUCAAUCUCCCCACCCCCGCUCAAAUCCUCCAGCCCGAGGAAUCCACCACCCGUCUGGUCGUCGGCAAGCAUGUCCGGGCGCGGCAAGGGCGGCAAGGGGCUCGGCAAGGGCGGCGCGAAGCGCCACCGGAAGGUGCUCCGCGACAACAUCCAGGGCAUCACCAAGCCGGCGAUCCGGCGGCUGGCGAGGAGGGGCGGCGUGAAGCGCAUCUCCGGGCUCAUCUACGAGGAGACCCGCGGCGUGCUCAAGAUCUUCCUCGAGAACGUCAUCCGCGACGCCGUCACCUACACCGAGCACGCCCGCCGCAAGACCGUCACCGCCAUGGACGUCGUCUACGCGCUCAAGCGCCAGGGCCGCACCCUUUACGGCUUCGGCGGCUAGGCUGAUGUGCCCGUCCCCUCGCUGUCUCCCUUCUGCAGCUCCAACGUUACCUGGGCCGUGCUCACAAGUCUUGCAGUCAAGAAAGUCUCAGGCUCGCUUGUUUAGCUCAUCUCAGGCUGUAGUAGGUUUAUCUGAAUCAUGAGACAGUAAUUAAUUGAUGUUACCUUCUGAAAUUGGGAACCAAGCUUGUCGUGCUGACUUGUGAUUCUGGUGUUGUUCUGUGCUGCGCAUCUAUAUGACCGAUUCUUUUACAAUCACAAGCAAAGCUGUUCUAUGA